AUGACAGUACUGAUAACGAUACUUAUAGUGUCGCUUGUUCUAGUACUGCACCGUAAGGGCGCCAGGGCUCACCAUAUGCAUGGCCCUCUAGUGGAACUUGACUAUGCAAAGUACCUGGGCAUACCUGGAGGGUAUGGCGUGACAAGCUGGCUUGGAAUCCGCUAUGCUGCACCCCCAGUAGGGCAGCUGCGGUUUGCUGCUCCUCAGGAUCCGAUGAAGGAGUCUGGCAUUCAGCGCGCAAAUUCUCGCGGGCCAUACUGCAUUUCCACCAGCAGUAAAAGUGUGACGAGAAUAUCCGAGGACUGUUUACGCCUGAAUGUUUUUGCGCCGACAAAUGCACGCCCCGACUCGAAGCUCCCCGUCUUCUUCUUCAUCUUAGGAGGCGGUUUCAAUAUUAACAGUGACCCGUUCCUCAAUGGCACGGGGCUAGUUACUGCGUCAGGGCAUAACAUAAUCGUCGUCACUUUUACCUACCGUGUGUCGUUGUAUGGAUUCUUGCCUGGGAAGGAGAUAGAAAAGGGCGGCAGUCUAAACAACGGGCUGAAGGAUCAGAUCAAGGCGCUUCAAUGGGUUAAGAAGUACAUCAGCAAAUUUGGUGGCGAUCCUGAUCAUGUUGUGAUAGGAGGUCACAGUGCUGGUGCAGCAUCAGUGGCUCAUCUUCUCACCGCACAUGGAGGGCGUGAUGAUAACCUCUUCCAUGGGGCCAUCGCCGGAUCGCCUUCAUUUGGGACAACUCUCAGCAAUCAUGACUCCCAAUACCUGUAUGACAGUCUGGCUAAAAGAACCGGAUGCGAUACCCACGAGGACUCUCUAGCCUGUCUCCGAGAGCUCAAUGUAAACAAGCUGCAGGAACAGAACUUAGGUGUCCCGUUGCCCGACUCUAGUGGACCACCUCUCUUUGCAUACAGCCCCGUUGUUGAUGGUGACCUGAUUCAGGACUCAUUCUAUAACCUCUUCAACCAGGGUAAAAUCAUCGAUGUCCCGACAGUCAUGGGCGGCGACUCAAAUGAAGGAACUAUCUUUGCUCCCCACAACACAUCGACCCUGGAAGAAUCCGAUAGCUGGCUCGCACGGCAAUUCCCUUCCUUGAAAAAGAAACAUUUCGACGAGCUUCACUCUCUCUACCCAAAAACCGAAGUUCAGUUCAAAGGAGCAGGUGAAUAUUGGACUCAGUUAAGCAACCUCUACGGUGAAAUGCGCUAUAUCUGCCCCGCGAUAGCUAUAUGCCGAACGAUGAGCAAUACUUUCAAGAGAGAGAUCUGGAAUUAUGAAUACCAUGUCCAGGACCGUCACCUGGCGAAAAGUGGUUAUGGAGCCACACAUACCGUUGAGUUGAAUGCUAUCUUUGGCCCUGCGUUCCUUGGUCGGAAAGCAGCAUCUUCGUAUGUUAAUGGUGAUAACAGCGCUAUAGUCCCUGUCGUCCAGGGCUACUGGACAAGUUUUAUCAGGUCAUUGGAUCCGAACAAAUAUCGGGUAGCAGGUAGCCCGGAGUGGAUGCCGAGUGUCCAGGGCGAUUCGUCGAUGCCCAUACACAGGCUGUUCUUUGAAACCAAUGCGACAACAAUGAUAACCGAAGACGAACAACUGAAAAAGAGAUGUGACUAUUUGACAAGCAUCGGGCCGGCCCUCAGACAAUGA